UACUACAAAUUAUUUCUUUUUAGAAUUAUGAACCUAUUAUUUGCUGUUCGUGUAUUAUUCGAUUUCCUAUCACUGGCUUGGAUUAUAAUUUAUGCCGCAACUCAAUGUGCAGCAAAAGGAAAAGUUCGAAAAGUGGAAAAGGAGAGGCCGGGAAAAAUUCGUGGGAGACGGAUGAGAAGAGGACCGAAUAAUGGUGGAAAGACACCAUCCACUGAAGAGCAAAUGGAAUAUUCGGCGCUUCCACCAACUCCAACUGUCGCCUCUUCAAUUAAACAAUCAACGAAGCACAAGAGGACUGAGAGGCAGCUACAAUCAACUCAGAAGAUGUCCACUGAGAACAUCACAUCCGUCCAAGCUUCCACCACCCAACAAGAGUGCCCGACACAGGAAGAUGACCCGACCGCUCCAACACCAGUUGCAAAACCGAAAAAAGCAAAGAGAAAGGAGGUGUUUUUCAAGGACCAGGAUGAUGACGACACCCUUGCGUCAAUCAACAGUAUCAAGAACUAGUUUUGUUUAUUUUUUCUAUGUGAAAAGAUAAUAAAUUAUUUAUUGAUUCAAAU